GUUUUGUUUUGGUGUUUCGGUGUCUCCCAUAUUAAUAGGUUGUUCCUACGCCUGCUGCCUCCAUCUUCACCUUGUUUCUCAGCAGAAACUACUGAUCUACCUCUCCAUCACCCUUCUCUACACAGGAAAUAGUAUCUUCGUUCAAUCAAUAUGUUUGGUUCAUCCGGCAUGGCACAGGAAUCUGGUAUGUUCAUGGUUAACCAAACAAUUGGCAGUGUUUUGUGCUGCAAAUGUGGAAUUCCAAUGCAACCAAAUGCUGCUAAUAUGUGUGUGAAGUGUCUGCGCUCGGAAGUCGAUAUUACAGAAGGACUGCUGAAGCGUCUAGUGCUGGUGCAUUGCCCUGAGUGUGAAAGUUACUUGCAGCCACCAAGAAGUUGGGUCAAGCUGCAGCUGGAAUCGAAGGAGCUGUUGACAUUUUGCUUGAAGAAAUUGCAGAAGAAUUUGAAUUCGAAUAAAGUGAGGUUGGUGCACGCUGAGUUCAUUUGGACUGAGCCGCAUUCCAGGAGGGUAAAAGUCAAGGUCAAGGUUCAGAAGGAGGUUCUGAAUGGAGCAAUACUCGAACAGUCUUAUCCCGUCGAGUAUGUUCAACAAGAACAUAUGUGUGAAUCCUGUUCUAGGGUCCAGGCUAAUCCUGACCAGUGGGUUGCUGCUGUGCAACUCAGGCAACACGUUUCUCACAGGCGUACUUUCUUUUAUUUGGAGCAGCUGAUUCUGAAGCAUGGUGCUGCUGCCACUGCUAUACGAAUCAAGCAGAUGGAACAAGGUAUCGACUUCUUUUUCUCUAAUCGAAGUCAUGGAGUCAAAUUUGUGGAGUUUAUUGGGAAAGUUGCUCCGGUAAGGAGCCGCCAUGAUAAGCAGCUUGUUUCUCAUGAUCCAAAGAGUAAUAACUACAACUACAAAUAUACAUUUUCUGUUGAAAUCAGCCCUAUUUGCCGUGAGGAUUUAAUCUGUCUGCCUCCUAGAGUUGCUGUUAGUUUGGGAAAUAUUGGUCCACUUGUGAUUUGCACCAAGGUUACCAACAGCAUUGCUUUGCUCGAUCCAUUUACCUUGAGACACUGUUUCAUAGAUGCUGAUCAGUACUGGAGAACAUCCUUUAAGUCGUUACUUACUAGCAGACAAUUGGUGGAAUAUAUAGUGCUGGAUGUGGAGACUGUUUCAUCUGAGGUCACUAUUGGUGGCACGAAAUAUCGUUUAGCAGAUGCUCAGGUGGCUCGUGUUUCAGAUUUUGGAAAGAACGACACGAUAUUUAACAUCAAGACUCAUCUUGGCCAUCUUCUAAAUCCUGGUGAUUAUGCUCUUGGUUAUGAUCUGUAUGGGGCUAAUAGUAAUGACAUGGAAUUGGACAAGUACAAAGGACACAUUCCUGAAGCUAUUUUAAUAAAGAAGAGUUAUGAAGAGAAGCACCAAAAGAAGCGUGGGAAGCCUCGUUCAUGGAAGCUUAAAUCACUUGAGAUGGAGGUUGAUGAUAAGGGAAGAGUUGAUCAAGAUAAAAUGGUCUCAGAAUAUGAACAAUUCAUUCAAGAUCUGGAAGAAAACCCUGAAAUGAGGUUCAACAUAUCAUUGUACCGAAAUAAAGAGUACAAGCCUUCUGAUGGUGAUGAAUCUUCUGUUCCAUUGGAGGAGUUGUUGGCUGAUCUUGAUCUGAGUGAGCAUGAAGAUGAAGAGGAUAACAUGACGGAAUGAAAAAAAGCUUCUUCUACCUUGAUUAGUAUUUUAUGGAAUUUUGGCUUUUUGUUCAUGUCAAAGGUUUUCUUUUCCCUUUCCCAUUUAUGUUGUGUUAAUUGGCAAUCUCUGAUGGUUUGUUUAUUGAAAGAAUGAUAAGAUGGUAAUUUUGCAGGCUGUAGUAACAAUACUUAUAAAUAGCUUGUGUUACCAUUCUUUUAUCAGCUUGCCUGAAAUAUGCCUUGCUCCUUUUCUGUUAAGUUUUCCAGGAUUUUUCAGGGAGAAUUUCUCUUGUUACGCGUGAGAUCAAUGCAAUUAUUCGCCCCUUUUUUAUCA